AUGAACAGCAGCGACGAUACCGAAGGAUAUCUAAUUCUUAGACCGGAAGAGCUCCGACCGUUUGAACUUCUCCGUCUGUUAUUCUCCGGUGACAUCGAGAAACCGAGAUCAAUCGAUAGCUCCGAAACCAAAGAACCAAGUUUCCGACGUCGAUGGCUUAUCUUCGUCUCUCUCGCCCUCCUCAAGCUUCUCCGAUUCCUCUCCGAGCCUUUAGCUCUCUUUGGCUCCGCCUUAGAAUUCUCCUUAAACUUCCUCUCCGAUAACUCUUUCUCAGCCUUCUUCCUCCGAGGAGAAGUGGUGAUGCCAAAAACGACGUCGGAGAAUUACCUAUCAUUUAUCGGACAUUUAGACAGGAGAAUAAAUUUAGACAAGACGAAAAAUCGUGAAGAUGGAGACUUAUACUAUGCUGCAUUGUCUAUUAUGUCUUCAAAACUUGCCUACGAAAACUCGGCUCGCAUCAAACACGUCGUCGAAAAUCAUUGGAAUAUGAAGUACCUAGGUCUCAAUGACUAUUGGAACGAGUAUCAAGAAAAGGAAACAACACAAGCUUUUAUGAUGUCUACUGAUCAAGAAACAACGGUUGUGGUUGCGUUUAGAGGCACCGAGCCAUUUAACUCAGAAGAUUGGUGUUCAGAUUUUGACAUUACAUGGUACGAGCUCCCAAACAUUGGGAGGAUCCACGGUGGUUUCAUGAAAGCUCUAGGGCUUCAAAACAAUUGCAGCUGGCCAAAGAAACCUCUCCCAAACCCUAGCCGAUUGUCCCCUUUAGCUUACUACUCAAUAAGAGACUCCUUGAAAUCUUUGGUUGCUCAAAACGAACAUACAAAAAUUGUUCUGACCGGACAUAGCUUAGGAGGAGCCCUCGCGAUAUUGUUCACAGCUGUGCUCGUGAUUCACGAUGAGACCGAGUUGUUAAAGAGGAUUCAAGGGGUUUAUACGUACGGACAACCUAGAGUUGGAGAUUCCAAGUUCGGUGAAUUUAUGGAGAAGAAAUUACAGGAAAAUGAUAUAAAAUAUUAUAGAUUCGUUUAUAAUAACGACAUCGUUCCGAGGUUGCCGUACGAUGAUAAGGAUCUGAUGUUCAAACACUUUGGUACUUGCAUCUACUACGACCAACACUAUCAAGCAAAGGUUUUGAGAGAUGAAUCGGACGAAAACUAUUUUUCAAUGUGGGGGAUUACAAGGCUGAUGAGCAAUGCGGUUUUGGAGCUAAAAAGAAGCUUCACGAUUGUGACUGAGAAGGGAUCAGAGUUUAAGGAAGGAUGGUUGUUGAAGGUUGCUAGGGUUUUGGGGAUCAUAGUCCCUGGGAUUUCGAAUCAUACACCUCAAGAUUAUGUGAAUGCCACGAGAUUAAGUCCUCCUUAUGUUUUCGAAAUUCACAGAGAUGUAUCCAUAACAUAG